CGACGUCAAACAACGCAAGCACUAGCCCGACGUCGCGGUCCGGUUUGCCCUUUAUUGAUUUCGCAGCUUCGACCCUCAUUUCCGACCGACAGAAGCAGGGUCAGGACAGGAGACGGAAAGAGAGAGAGAGAGAGGGGUCCAGCGGGCGACAACGACUACGACGACGGCUCCGACAACCAAUACCCUUCUGUCUUCUUGGCCGUGACUCCUUUCAACCUCAGCUCCCAGUCUCGAUCUCGAGGGACCAUUGGCGGACGGAAUUAGGCCGCUCAUCCAUCCAUUUGCUGCGACUGGCUUGCUCAUCGGGGCGCGCUGAGAUGCGAGCGUGAGGCCCACGAUCCAGACCUGAUCGAUGGAGGAAUCAUCCAAGGUGACCACGACGACAACCACAGCAGCAGCAGCGAUGGACGCCUCUGCCUCGUCGUCGGGCUCGUCGGGUCCCCCGUCGACGGCGCCCUCGUCCUCGGCAGGAGCGAGGAGCACCUGGGCCCGGAGCAACAGCAGCAACAGCAACAGCAACAGCAACACCACCAACACUACCACCAGCAGCCGGCCCUCGUCGGUCGCGUCGAGCUCCUCGUCGUCGUCGAUGGGCGGCGGCGGUGCGCACCUGGCCGCGUCGCCUGGCCUGCUCUCGCCCUCGCUCGCCUCGGCCCUGGGCAUCGGGCCCAGCUCGCGCCGCCGCGGCUGCUCGCCCCACGGCCGCUCCUCGCUCCAGCCGCGCGCCCACGCCCUCGCCCAGGGCCGGACGCGCGGCGAGCAGCGCAUGGAUGCCGAGUCAUCGUCCUCAUCGUCCUCGUCCUCGUCGUCGCGCCGGCCGAGCCUGCCUACGAUGCCGUCGAUGGUCAACCGGGUGAGCAUGAUGAGCGUCGCCUCGUUCGAGUCGCUGCCCGAGGGCGAGAGCGUGCCGAGCUUCGCGACGCCUGCCUCGCCGUCUUCGUCGUCGUCGUCGUUUGCCUCGUCAGCAGCAGCAGCAGCGGGGCCCGACGACCCGCUCGCCCACCGGCGGGGCGCCAAGCUCAAGCGCUCCUCGACGGAGCCCACGCCCGUCGUCGCCCGCUCGGCCGAGGAGCGCGCAGCCAAGCUCGAGAAGCGCCGGCGCGUCGCCAUCGAGCUCCUCGACACGGAGCGCGUCUUUGUGCAGAGCCUCCGGCUCAUCAAUGAGAACUACUACCAGCCGCUGCUCGCGCGGAGCAGGGCAAGCGCGACGGCAAAGGCCUCGACGCCGCUGCUCUCGCGAAAGGCCCUCGGCGAGAUCUUUGCCAACUUUGCCGACAUCCUCCAUCUCUCCCAGGAGCUCCUUGCCCGCCUCGAGGAGCGCAUGGGCCGCGGUUGUCGCAGUGACGAGGAGGAAAGGGAGAUUGACAAUGCCGCCGAGACCGACAAGGACGACGAACCGAGCCAAGGGAAGAGCGCGAGAACACGACCACCACCACCGUGGGACCCCGAGCGCGACCGGCUCGGCGACGUCCUCGUGCCCGUCGUGCCGUUCCUCAAGAUGUACUCGCUGUACGUCAAGAACUUCAGCAGCGCGCUCCAGCGCAUCGAGGCCGAGCGCCGCACCAACGACGCGUUUGCGCGCUGGCUCAGAGACACGGAGCGCGCCGCCUGGGCGAGCCGGGACGCGUUUGGGUUCGGCCUCGGAUUCCAGGCCCACCUGCUCACCGUCGUCCAGCGUAUUCCGCGCUACCGCAUGCUCGUCAGCGACCUCGUCAAGGCCACCCCCGCCGACCACGCAGACCGGGCCGACCUGGCCAAGGCCCUCGAUGUCGUCGAGCACGUGGCCGCAUACAUCGACGACAACAUUCGCCAGCAUGAGGUUGUCGUCGCCAUGCUCGGCAUCCAGCGCUCCCUCGCUGGACUGCCCGAGCCCCUCGUCGUGCCUGGCCGCUCGCUGCUGCGCCGUGCGACGCUGCUCAAGGCCUGCCGCAAGAAUGUCCAGCCGCGCGAGUUCUUUCUCUUCAGCGACUGCCUCGUCUACGCCUCGCCAGCCGGCCAGGGCAGCAUCGACGCUGCGUGGCACGUGCUCCUCUCCCCGACGCAGCCGCUGCCACCGACGCAGUCGUCGCAGUCAAAGGCUACUGCUGCUGCUAUUCAACCACCGUCGCCCUCCACGAACCACCUCGAGCGCAUGGCCAGGCCACGCACCACGUCGUCGCCAAGCCCCUUCACCGAGGCCCGGCGCCUCUCGGCCGUGCCCUUUGACGGCCAGCAGUGGAACUUUCGCGGCAAGUUUGCCCUCCAGGACCUCACUGUCGUCGGCGUCGACGACUCGGCGAGCCCUGAUGCAUGGCUGCGCCACUCGCUCGAGAUGCGCACGCCCAACAAGAGCUUUGCCGUCUAUGCCGAGUCGCGCGAGGAAAAGGAGCAGUGGCUCGAUGCCAUCCGCGACGCUCGCGACGAGUGGCUCGCCCGCCGCCGCACGCUCCAGGCCGACGAGGACUCCAUCGAGGCCAAGCGCGAGCGCCGGCGCAGCCUGUACAAUGCCCGCCACCAGCAGCAGCAGCAACAGCAGCAUCUUCAUGCCGUCGUUGCGUCGCCCUCGGCGUAUGCGGCCAUCCCCGAGGCAUCGGUGGCAGAGUGGACCAGGCCGGCCUCGCUGCCGCCCCAGUCGCCCUCGAUGGACUUCCAGGAGCAGCAGCAGCAGCAGGCCCUCCUCAGGGCCUCGUCGCCACCGCCGCAGUCGCCGUUGCAUGCGCCCCUCCUCUUCUUUGGCGGUGGUGGUGGCGGCGGUAGCAGCAGCGGCAGCGGCAGCGGUGGUGGCAGCGGUGUCGGCGUCGGUGACGGUGUUGGCCGUGACGGUUCCGGUUCCGGUUCUCGCAGCGUCGUCGGCCGAGGACCAGGCAACCUGCGCAUCCUCGAGGACUACCAGGCGCCCGUCUGGGUGCCCGACAGCCGCGCCGACCGGUGCAUGAACUGCAGCGAGGCGUUUGGCCUCUGGCGCAGAAAGCACCAUUGCCGCCUCUGUGGCCACGUCGUCUGCUAUGCAUGCAGCGCCCACACCUUCCUCAUUGCCAGCUACGAGGAGGGCCAGGAGGACCGGCCGGCGCGGGCGUGCGACAGCUGCUACCACUCUGUCUUUCCCGAUGCCGCCAACGACGACGAGGGGCAGCCUGCGCUGGCUGCUGAAGGAGAGGAGGAGGACGAAGAAGAAGAAGAAGGAGAAGAAGAAGAAGAACACGAGGACGAGGGCGUGCUCAGCAGCAGCAGCAAUAUUCACAAGGUCGACUCCGACGCCAGCUUCUCGUCGCCCGCCACGCCCAUCGAGGCCUCGCCCCUCCUGGGCCAGCCGGACCACGACGCCGAGCUGCCGCCGUCGGACUCGGAGUCGUCGGCGAUGCUCAAGCUCUCGGCCGAGACCCUGCGCCCGGUCGCGCCCACUGCCAAUGCUGCCAACGCUGCCAACAACACCACCACCACCGCCGACGGUGCUGCGGUCACUGGGUCGCCAAAGCGGCGCAGCAUCGCCAGCAGCCGCCCACCGCCGGCACAGCUGCCACGGCCAAAGACGGCGGCCGCCAAGGCCCAGCUGUUUGCCCCCGAGUACUACCACGCCUUUCCUGGCGCACGCUCCAGUACCACCACUGCUGAAGGAGGCGCACUCCACCGCGGCCUGCUGAGCCCGCAGGUGCAGGCGGCCACCAGCGGCAGCGGCACCUUCCGCCUCGUCACGCCGCGCCUCACCACGCCCACCGACGAGGCCAGUCCCCGCGGCACCGCUGCCUCCGGCCCGCAGCCGGGCAAGGAUGGCUCCUACUUUGCAGGCGUCGAGCCAGGCUCGGACCAGGUCGUUUCGUCGCAUCAGCAGCUGCCCCUGCAUCGCUCCAGCGCGGACAACACCAGCGGCAGCCCGAAUGCGGCGGGUGCCGCCCAGGCGCACCUGCGCAAAAAGAGGCCUCUCCUCUCGGCAAAGGCCCGUCUCUCGACGGUGUACAACCUCAGCUCGCCCAACCUCGCUGCGCUGGGUGGAGCUACCCCCUCUUCAAGGACGCCCGGCUCGUCUACGCCAAUGUAAUCAUCCUCCUCCUCGAUACCCCUGUCUCCCUCUCUCUCUCUCUCUUUCCUCCCAUUUACUGCAGUACAUAACUCUCUAUUAAUCCUCUGUCUCGUCCUUUUUUCCUUUUUCUUCCUGUGCAUGUUGCCAACACCACCACCACCAUCUUUUUCCUGUCCAUCUUCUCGGCCACACAUCAGCAAUCCAAAACACGCACAUGCC